AUGCCCUCUGAGGAGAUUGACCAUGGGGUGGUAAGAUUGGGUAAUCCUUACUACCUUCAUGUGGAAAAGAAGGGCAAAUUUGCUAAGGCUGUCACCACCGUCGUGACUUCCGUCCCAGAAGGAGUUAGGCCAGUGGAUUUGUGUGGCCAGCCACAAAUUCCAGAUGUUCUGUUAACAGACUUUGAUCAGUUCAUCGUAUGGUGCAAAGACGAAGGUCUUCUACCUCUUGGGAGUAACGGAGGUUUUUCGGUGCGACUGAUGGCUAAGAAGCUGGACAAGUUGGUAUUUGGUGGCCAACGAGUUGAAAAGGUUAAUUUUUGA